CCACCCCCACUAUCUUCCCAGGAUCCCUGUCCCGGGUCCCCGGACCAGUCCCCUCCCCUGGCAGCCGCCCUGGCCCCUGCGCUACCCGGCUGGGGCUCAUUCCCCUCCCGCAGGACCCUCCCCGCCGAGCCCCGGAAGGAGCCCCUCCCCAGCCGGCCACUGCGCUCCCGCGUCCAGCUCCAGGGCCAGCUCCCCCGUCCAGCUCUCCGGCCGGCUCCCGGGCCUCCCAGCCCCUGCGCGUUCCCGAGGCUCAGAGCCGGGGGCACCGAGACCUUCGGUGGCAACGGGCGGACCUGGAUCCUGGGCUGUGGGCUCCCGGGAGGAUGAAGCAGGCCCUGGUAGAUGAUACAGAGGACGUGUCCCUGGACUUUGGCAAUGAAGAGGAGUUGGCCUUUAGGAAAGCCAAGAUCAGGCACCCCCUGGCCACCUUCUUCCACCUGUUUUUCCGAGUGAGUGCCAUCGUCACCUACGUGUGCUGUGACUGGUUCAGCAAGAGCUUCGUGGGCUGCUUCGUCACCGUGCUGCUCCUCCUGUCCUUCGACUUCUGGUCCGUGAAGAACGUGACGGGGAGGCUCAUGGUGGGCCUCCGUUGGUGGAACCAGAUCGACGAGGACGGGAGGAGCCACUGGAUCUUCGAGGCCAGAAAGGCCUCUCCGAGCAGCACGGCAGCCACGGAGGCCGAGGCGCGCAUCUUCUGGCUCGGCCUCAUCAUCUGCCCCGUGAUCUGGAUCCUGUUUUUCUUCAGCACCUUGUUCUCCCUGAAGCUCAAGUGGCUGGCCCUCGUGAUCGCCGGGAUCUCGCUCCAAGCCGCCAACCUCUACGGCUACAUCCUCUGCAAGAUGGGAGGCGAGAGUGACAUCAGCAGAGUCACGGCCAGUCUCCUGUCCCAGACCGUGUUCCAGACGGCGUACCUGUCACCAGAGGCAGAGAUGGCUUAGACGGGGUCCGUGGUCAAGGGGGCUCCCGAAGAGCACGUCCCGGCCCCCAGCCCUGGGUGUCCAGAAGCAGGCCUCGUGGGACAGGUUCAAGGAGACACUUUUAUUUUAAAUGGCACGUGUGUAAGGAAUGCCCUUGGCUGUGUUCUGAGGAAGGUGGCAGACAGCUGAUCACAGUGUCUUCAGGACGUGACUUCCUGUGGCGCCAGCGUCUGGUCCCUUUGCCUGCAACCCCACCUGACCCGAGUGCUGCCCGUAGGUUCUGCAGCUGGGGGCUGCCCGGUCCCCGGCUCUGUCCCCUGCUUCAGGAACUGCUGGGGCUCUCCACUUUUGAUUGAUGGGGACUACAGAACUCCUGGAUUUCUGGAAAACAGCGAAUGGGCAGAGCGCUAACCUGACCAGCCCUGCAGGGAGCCGCCACGCCACAGCAGAACCCUGGCGGCUGAUUCCCUGCAAAAGCCUGUCCCUAAGAUGCCCUGAAUCCUAGAAUGUGACCCCAGUGCCUCCCACUGCCCACUGCGGUUGUAACCAGGGGCUGGAGGCCUUAUGUGGGCCCAUUCUGCAGCUGGCCCCUGGGGACUGCAUGAGGGGACAAGUAAGACCCGGCCUCAGCUGAGAGGUGGGAACUCUAACUUCUGGGACUGCUACCUUAAACCCAAGGCCACCAAGACUGCCCGUAGGUGACGUCUGGCCUGCCGGUGGCUUUGCUCUGCACCCCGGGGUUGGUGGUUUUUCUGGUACUGGGCAUUGAACUCGGCCUCGGUCACUGAGCCACACCCCAGCCCUAUUUUGUAUGUUAUUUAGGGAAGAGUCCCACUGAGUUGCUCAGCCCCUCCCUUUGCUGAGGCUGGCCUUGAACCUGCGAUCCGCCUGCCUCAGCCGCCCGAGCCGCUGGGAGCACCGGCUGCGCCACUGCGUCUGGCUUUGGGCUUGUUUUAAGUCAGUUUCUUAUUGUCUUCCUGAAACGCACUUCCUCUGCCAUGGAUCUCACCUCCCUGUGUCUGUUAGGCUAUGAACUGGUUCUCCACACGGACACCCGGGCAGCUUUCUCACAGCGUCCAGGGCCACUCUGUCGUCCCGCUCCCCGCCACCCGUGCUGCAGGCGAGUACUCCGUCCUCCCGCCCAUUGCCUCCCGCAGCUCCCGGUCAGCAGGCGUCUGCGGUGACAGACACACACUUACUCUGAAUUAUGCUCCUGUAGGCUAGGGUGGCUGGUGAAUCUGGAGCUUCAAUAAAAAAGGACUGGCCUUUG